CGCCGGUCUUCGUGUCUGCGCCAUCUUCGCCCAGAUCUGUGAACACGGAAGAUAAUAUAUCUUCCAUAGUAUAUACUCAUAAAAGAUGCGGAUGUGCUCACCGAUGUGGCUGCAGAUGGCGUUGGGAAUGGCCAUGCUGGGUGCUGUGUCAUUGCAGCAACUGCAAUCGUUCCCAAAGCUCUGCGAUGUUCAAAACUUCGACGACUACCUUCGCCAGACCGGCAAGGUGUACUCGGAUGAGGAGCGAGUCUAUCGUGAGAGUAUCUUUGCGGCCAAAAUGUCGCUGAUCACCCUGUCCAACAAGAACGCCGACAGUGGAGUGGCUGGAUUCCGGCUGGGAGUCAAUCCACUGGCUGAUAUGACCAGGAAGGAAAUCGGCACUUUGCUGGGAUCUAAGGUCUCCGAAUUUGGCGAGAGAUACACCAAUGGCCACAUCAACUUCAUAACAGGCAAGAAGAGUCCGACAAGUGCCAAUCUUCCGGAGAAGUUCGAUUGGCGUGAGAAGGGAGGUGUAACACCGCCCGGUUUCCAGGGUGUUGGUUGCGGUGCCUGUUGGUCGUUCGCCACCACCGGAGCCCUCGAGGGUCACAUCUUCCGGCGUACUGGAGUGCUGGCCUCGCUGUCCCAGCAGAAUCUGGUUGACUGUGCUGAUGACUAUGGCAACAUGGGAUGCGAUGGUGGUUUCCAGGAGUAUGGUUUCGAAUAUAUUCGCGAUCAUGGAGUAACGUUGGCCAACAAAUACCCGUACACGCAGACAGAGAUGCAAUGCCGUCAGAACGAGACGGCUGGUCGUCCUCCAAGGGAAAGCUUGGUAAAGAUCCGUGACUAUGCCACCAUUACCCCUGGAGAUGAGGAGAAAAUGAAGGAGGUUAUUGCCACUCUGGGACCACUGGCCUGCUCCAUGAACGCGGAUACCAUUUCUUUUGAGCAGUACGGCGGUGGAAUCUACGAGGAUGAUGAAUGCAACCAGGGUGAAGUGAAUCACUCGGUCACGGUUGUGGGCUAUGGAUCGGAGAACGGACGUGACUAUUGGAUCAUCAAAAACUCGUACUCCCAGAACUGGGGCGAGGGCGGUUUUAUGCGACUGAUCCGUAAUGCCGGUGGAUUCUGUGGAAUUGCCAGCGAGUGCAGCUACCCCAUUCUGUAGGCACAAAAACCAACUAUGUAAUAUAGUUAGAUAGAUAGUAUAGCCAAUUAAAGAAAACACGAAUUUAUAACUUUGUUACUGUAGUAUGUAGCCUUUUGCAGUGACGGCAUGCAGUCUCUCUCAUGAGUCACUCAAUCAAUAAAUAAAAAAGUGCCUUAUCAGUGUA